GUGUUGGGGUUUUGUUUGCUGACCGGUUACUGGGAAGGGAUGCGGGGGUGUAGAUCCGCAUGGUGGUGGUGGGGUUAUCUAUCUUAAAGCUGAGAUAGCGAAGACAAGCUCGGUAUGAAGAAGAACGCUGGACAUUUGUCGUUGCUACGCCAGAGAUGCGCUGUAUUCUUCUGGCUCGCCGUGCAGAAGGGCGUCCCCCGUACAUUGUCGCUCUUCUUCCCACGGCGUUCCUCUGGUUAUCCGCCUGCCUUUGUGAGACUAGUCGAAGUGGGUCCAUUUGCGGGUUUAUUAGUCCCAGGAUCGAGAGACUUUGAUACCAUCUCUGUUAUUCUCCGACUUUUCACGGUGGUUAUGCAAGAGUGUUGGACAAUCUCCCAUCAUUCGGGCUUCUGGAGUCUUGUGCUGGAGGAACGACGGUAGUAAACCGUAAAUUGUCUCCUGUUCUGGUCCAGGCGGGUUGAUCAGUUGUGAAGUUUUACUAUCCAUGGGUAUCUUACAGAGCUCUAAUCAAGCUUUUCCCCCCACUCUGCCUUCUCUUCCACUGCCUUAUCCUCUCGCAGUGUACUCGUGGCGAUCUCACUCUGAUCACCAGCCUUU